AUGCAGGUGCUCGCGGGUUAUCUCAGACUCAACGAAGACUUUCCAAUGACUCCACGGGCUGUGUGUUUACUAGCGUCUCUGCUUUUGGCCUCCGUCGACGCCGGCUACGAGGACCAAGAGGUCUACGCCCCGCAGCCGUACCAGUUCGGCUACGAGACGCAGGACGAGUACGGGAACCGGCAGUCCCGGCACGAGCAGGACGCCGGCAACGGCGUCAAGACCGGCUCGUACGGCUACCGGGACGCGUACGGCCUGUUCCGGCAGGUGCAGUACGUCGCGGACUCGGGCGGCUUCCGGGCCUGGGUGAAGACCAACGAGCCCGGGACCCAGGACUCUGCGCCGGCCGCCGCCAAGAUCGAGUCGCAGCAGCCGCACCCUUCGGCGCUCGCCGCAGCCCACACGGCCGCACACUACGCCGUCGCGGCCCAUCCGAGGGCCGUCCACCUGUCCCCGGCCUUCUCGUCCGUGAGGAAGGUGCCCGUCCACCACUCCCUGUACCCGGUCGGAGCGGCUACAGCCCGACACGCGUCCAUCCAGAGGGCCUACUCGCACCAGGUACCGCAAGUCUACAAGCACAGCUUCCGCCGCCUCGCCGUCGCCGCUCCAGUGGCUGCUCCGGUGACCGCUCCGCUCGCCGCUCCGGUCCACGUUCCGGUUCACGCCCCGGUCUCCGCCCCGGUCCAAGUUCCAGUCCACGCUCCGAUCGCCGAGGCGCCGGUGGUUCCCGUUGCCCGAGCCCUGGUAGCGUCGCCGCAGGUCGCGCUGCCGCCCGUGGUCUCGGCGCUGGCGUCGUCCCCGGUCGUGGUAGACCUCGACCAGGGCGGUCCCUACCGGGCCGUGAAGAAGGUCCGUCGCCCCAAGCCGGUCGAGUUCUUCAAGAAGUCCAUCAUCCGCAAAAGGAGGCCCAAGACCCCCAGGGUCCGCGUCCGCGUCGUGUCCACCACCAAGAACGGAGAACUCAUCGCCGCCGACCUUCCAGUCUACAAAGACAAAUAAGCGCCACCUCACCACGGCGUCAUAAGUUAUUCCGUCGUCGCUAUCGUAAUUACGAGGGUUUGUUUGCUCGUUGUUGUUGUCUUAGCGCGUUGUGCCUGACCGUUUGAGAAUCUCUCCGACGCUGCGCAGCGAAAGCUCUAUUUGCCGUGGGCGCAUUUUAUAGAGUCCGGCCGAAAAUUCGCAAAUGUAACAACAUAUUAAACUGGAACAAAAGAAUAACGAAGCGUGCGUUUACCAUACUUAAAUAACCUGAGCUUGGGACUUUAACUGGCGAGGAAUGCACGUGCCAAAUGUAAGUAAAACGUAGAAAAGUAGAAAAGGAUCUGCGUAGUUCGUUUUGUAGAUUUUCUUCGGUUCACCCCAUACUGUAGUGGUGCAGACGCUGUGAGAGCUAGCUUCAUGCUUUGGAAUGUGUGUUGUCCCAAUACCACCUAAAAGACAAUGCCUUCCCCAAUAAACGUCACCCCUAGUGGAUCCAAGCAGCGCCGCCCAGCGUGCGACAGUAUUGCCACCAGCUUUUCUUGCAGCGUCGCACAACGAGCACGAUGCCAGCACGCGGUGAGGCUAAGACUGACACGUCGUUUGAUGACGUCAUGUGCAAGCCUUGUCUUUUCU